AAAAGCUGCUCCUGGCAUCUUGGAAAAUACAAUGGAAACCAAUACAAUGACAUCAGCGGCAGUCCCUCCGUUAGUCCCGUUCCCGAUCUCACCAGCCUGCUCUCUGUAGCUUCAGUAAGUGGCGUUUUGCAGAAAUCGUUUGCUGGUGCCCCGUUUCCAGCAUUCGUUCUGAGCCCUGAGGCAGUUUCCUUUGCCCUUGCCUAUCUUCUAUGCUAGUCGGUGAAUUGCCUUCCCAACCAUCCCUCUGGCUGCUGGGAUAGGGGUGACCCACUGGUGGGUGAAGAUAAGAUCAGGCAAGUUCUCCAGCACGGGGAGAACCAAGCGAGCAGCAGCCCCUGGAGCAUCGGGGUUCCAACCCACCCGGCUGAUCCUUUGAUCUUGGCCUGGGCUUCUUUGGCUGUUCUGAAAUAAGUGAUGAAACCAGAAGAAAGAUUCAUGUGGUAAAGAUUAAGGAGAAGCUACUAGGUUCUCUUGGAAGAAGGCAGUCUCCCUGGCGAGAAUGACUUGUGGCUGGAGGAGAAACCCAGAGUCUUGGUAGCUCUAAAGGAAAACUCCUUAGCUCGGGGUGAAAACGCUUCCCCAAGGCAGGCCCCAGACUUUGGUGCAAAAUGAGUUACAGCGUGUUUUCCACACAGGACUUGUAUCAUAGCAGCAGCACCACAGCCGAGUUGGACCUGAAGACCAUUCCAGACAGGGGUGCCCCAGAGACUAUUUCCGUCACCCCUGAAACUACCAGCUUUAACAGCACCAGAAUUCCAGAUGUGGCCGGGAGUGGGCCUGGGAUGGGGACAAUGCUGCUUUCAUUUGGGAUUAUCACUGUGAUUGGGUUGGCAGUAGCCAUGGUCCUGUACAUCAGGAAGCAGAAGAGGCUGGAGAAGCUACGUCAUCAGCUCAUGCCCAUGUACAACUUUGACCCCACAGAGGAGCAGGAUGAGCUGGAGCAAGAGCUGCUGGAACAUGGGAGAGAUUCUGCCUCAGGCCAGGUCUCCCAGAACAAGAUCCUCCUCACGAGUCAGGGCCCACUGCAGCGACCCAGCCGGUUGGUAUUUACGGAUGUGGCGAAUGCCAUCAACGCUUGAGGGGCACCCUCCCCAGCUCCAGGAUCUGGGAGGAUGGAGUCCCUCUGGGCUCUGACAGUGUUAGCCAGGCCUGCUGACUGCUCUGUCAGCCGCAUGCUGACUCAGGGGAGGAAUACCAGACUCUGGACUGCUCAACAUCUCGCUGGGAACAUCUCUGGGUCAUGGUGGCGGGAUUCAUUUGAGGUGGGGCUGGGGGUGGGAGAGGGAGUGUCACCCAAAGGCAGCAAGUUGCCAAGAGUCUGGUUUCAGUAUUGAUUGGUGCCAACCAGGUACAAAUGCUAAUGGGUAAAUGCCUGUCCAAAAGGAUGAUGCCUGGCAGUGUUGCAGGACAAAAGUAGGGUAGAGGAGAGUGAGGACUCGGUAUUGGCUUGACUUGCUCCUGAGAAUAGGACACAAGCUGUGUGUGACCUUCAGGCACUUCUCCAGUCUCUAAGAGGGGCUACAGUGUAUAUUUCCUUGGAGAAACAGACUGCUAUCUUGGAGGAGAUGGAAGGCAGAAUUUGCCAGGAGGUGAGCUUGGGGAAGCUGGUAGCUACUCAUUCCCUUCCUAGUUUAGUCUAUUUGUUUGGAGUUUAUUACUACUCCAGCACUUUGUCUCUGCCAAAUAGGAGAAGACAACUCAGUAACUUUGAGAAGAAAUCCUCAAAUCUGAAGAAUAUUCAUUGGUGUUUACACAUUAGUACCUAGAUUUAAAGGACAGCUGAGGACAGACAGUGGCAGAAGAUACUUUUUUAUGGUAUUUAUUAAGUGCUUACUAUGUGCCAGGCAUUGUACUAAGCACUGGAAUAGAUUCAAGCU